AAUCCUUCUCUGACUAUACACCUAAUCACCUUUGUGACUGAGCCACCCUCCUUGACUAUGGCAGAGAAGAGAAUUAGGACACGACACCUAAAUGAUAGAAAUUCCCUACAAUUUAUUAAUGCAGUGCGGGGAUCUGAAAGGGCAGGCGGCAGAGGUUGCAUGGCACUGGUAAUCACACCAUAUUGGUAACCACUUGAGCCAGGUCAUAUGACCCACCAGGAAGUUAUAAAAGGCUGCCAAGAUGGAAUCUCAUUCUCUUGCUGCUGUGUUUUACAACUGGACAUGGGAUGGGUUCUUCUUCCCUGUGGGUAAGGAAAGGAGGAGAGGGCUUGUUUGAGAACUUGAAUGUUUGUUUAAUUUUAAUUUUACCUGGGUGACUGCUAGCAGCAUGUAACUCUUCAUGGAGGACACAGAGGUGACUGUUUGGAAUUUUAUCAUUUGACGUGAUCCCCUACGAGCUGCUGGGCUACAGACACUGAGGCUCUGGUAACUUGGGUUAUACUGUGGGAUUUAAAAGGGUCUAUGUUUGUUUCUUUUGAUGUUGAUUAUGUUUCUUUGUACCUGUAGCAUUGGAACGCUUCCUCUUGGUGUUACUGUGCUGCGAGGGCAUUAAGCACUCCUGCGAAGGACCAGACCAGCCACUGUUUUAGGGUUAUUUGAUAGGGUUUUGGCUUUCUUUUAUUAGUUGCCCUGGUUGCCGCUAUGGGCUAAAACCAGGAUGCAACGCAGCCAGUGGCUAUUCAAAAAUAAAGCAACUGCAAAUUCUCUCGAUCCCAGCAACAGACAUCUACACACCUGUCAUCCUGGAACACUGGCUAAAUAGUGAAGUGUGCCGCAGGGCUUUCUGUUAUGUUACCAUUCACACACUUGCUGGUGGUACCAGCAGGUGUCUGCUCACUUUCCGUGUUGCAGUUUCGGGAAGCAGCACAGAGCUAAGUUUAGUAAUGUAUCUUGGGUGGUGGAUACCAGCUGCUACCCUCCCCUUAUCUUUGUACGUGGGAUCUUUCUGUACAUGGCUGGAUCUGCACAGGCUUUUCCUCUUUGAUGCUGGGGUGUCACACUGAGGUGGCACUGUACUGUUCUGUCGCAACUCAUCCCUGUGAAGCACUUUGGGACGACUCUGUUGUGAAAGGCACCAUAUAAAAGUAAAAUGAAAUGUAUUAUCUCAUUAAGCAGCUUGUGAAGCGUCAUCACUGGUAUAGAAGUAGGUUAAAUGUAUUUUUUUUAUAUUUCAAAAAUAUACAUUGUGCAUUUUCACAUGUUUUUCCUAGAUAUUCAGUUUCAAUAAAGAUUUAUUAUUUGUAUUACUGCUCUCUUAUAAUGUGAAUGUUUUUAGAAGCCAAACCACUGACAGCGACAAUGUGACAAUAGCUGUUUUUAAUUCAGUAGGUCAUAAUCAGUCAGAAGUCGAAAGUCCUUGUUAAUUCUGCCACAUGUACAGGACACACGAAGGACUGAUAUUACAUUAAUCUCAGACUGCUAAUAACAAGCAAGACAGAUACUCAAGUAUUAAAGUAUAUACGUGAAUGCAAAAAUAUAAAAAAACUAAAUGAAAUACUUUGUGCGUAUAUUUUGGUGUUUAUUUACCCAUGGCUGGUUAAGUACAGCCUCCCCUGAGAAUCUUGCCCUCCAGUUAAGUACCCGCCCCCUCGGCUGCUCCAAUAGAAAUCAACACGCCUGGCAAACGGCAUGAGUUCUUCACUACAAAUGUUCUUUCACUGAGAAGAAAAAACUCUUGGCUUCUGGCUCCUUGGCAUCUGAAUUCUUCAGUGCAGGUAGCCACAUAUAGCUUGAAAUACAAAAGUACUCCCAGUUGGACGUCUGUUCUGGGAUGGAAUCUCUGCAACUUCAGCUCCUUCUUCUGUGUCACUGCUUUUUCCUGCCAUGCUUGGGCAUCAUCUGUGCACCAGGACAGAAGAAAGUGUAUCUUAAAGAGACGUGUGAACCCUGCGAAGAGGGACAUUUCCAGCCAGUGGCAUCUAACGAUAUAUUCUGUGCUCUUUGCAGUGUUUGUUAUGUUGACAGUGGAAGUGAGUAUGUUCAGCAAUGCACUAAGACAGCUGAUGUACAGUGUCGUUGCCGUGAUGGAUUCAUCCCCGUAGAUGAGAGGAAUGACUUGUGCCAGUGUCCUGAAGGAUCUGGGCUGACAGAUUCAGGUAUGCAGUGUCAAGAAUGCGGUUAUGGAUAUUUCACCAGCAAACCUGACAUGAUGUGUGUGAAAUGGAAAGACUGUGCACCGUGGGGAGUGAAGUCCAGCGGUUCAAAAACCUCAGAUAUCGUUUGUAAUAAUGGUUCAGAGGUUACACAGGCUGGCGUACUUAGCACUGCAAUAAUCCUGAACUACAGUCGCAGCAGGCCGACAAGUGCAGAGACGUUCCCCACAACCGCUACUAGCAGCUCGACCCUCGUACCCCCCCUAAGCCAAACAACAACAACAACAACAACAACAACAACAAAAAGUGAAAAUGAAACCAACUACGGGUCUGGCUUAAUUUUGUAUGUCCUGAGCCUCAUUCUGCUGAUCCCUCUCUCAGCUGUGUCCUGCAAACAAGUCAUCAUUCCAUGCAUGAAGAGGCAUAUGAAGAAAAUGAACAAAACAGAUGGCGCCUGCCGAAGGCCUGUGGAAGAGUGCGGGGACAUAAGUCGAUCUUCUCUGGUAAAGUCCAGCCAGGGGCUACUGUAAUAAUGUUUUUUUUUUUUUUUUUUUUUUUAAAAAAAAAAAAAAAAACCUUUUGUGUAUUUUUUUUCCACCAAAAAAGAAAUAACAAGCAAAAAAAAAAACUGAAACAAUCUAAUUUUUAGAUUAAUGUAAUCAGUAUAUGUAUUGAUUAUAGUAGGCUCCAGAGCUGAAAUAUCAAAUGACAGCAUAACGUUUCUACACAAAUACAUACAGUCAAUGUUUGACUAUAUAUUUUUACUCAAAUAAUAAUAAUUUGCUAUCUUCAGGUGUUGGACAAUGAAACUGAAGCACUGGCUAAAAAUGUGUUUGAGGUUUCCUGCCUAUGUAUGCGCAGCCUGGUGGUCAGUCUUCACUGACUGCAUGUUCCAUCUGUAAGAGCCAAGUGUGAAGGUUGAAUUAGCAGAGCAAUAGUACAGCUGUACAUCAAAUUCUGCAAUAAUGGGAGACAUAUCAGUGCUCAAAUGAGGACAAUCUGCUGGUACGCGUUUCGCUGCCACAUCUAUGACCAGGACAGCAAGUCUGUGUGGUCCAGGGUAAUAUCAGCAUAUCACUGCAAAGGACCAAGCACAUCCAGCAGGAGUAACUGUUGACACAAGAGGAAGCUGUCUGAAAGGGAUGUCCGGGCACUAACCCGGAUUAUAUCCAAAAAACAUAAAACCACAGCUGCCCAGCUCACUGCGGAAUUAAACCGGCUCCUUGACUCACCUGUUUCCACCAAAACUGUUCAAGAGCUCAACAGGGUCAGUAUUCAUGGUCGGGCUGCUACAGCCAAGCCUUUGGUCACUCGUGCCAGAGCUAAACGUCGGUUUUAAUGGUGCCAGCAGUGCAAACCUUGGGCUGUGGACAAUGUGAAACAUGUAUUGUUGUCUGAUGAGUCCACCUUCACUGUCUUUCUCAGGAAGAGUUGGGGUAUGGAGAAGCCCCAAAGGGGCUUAUCACCCAGACUGUUAUGUACCCUGAGUGCAGCACAGGGCUAGAUUAGUGAUGGUUUGGGCUGCAAUAUCAUGACAUUCCCUAGGCCCACUACUUGUUCUAGAUGGGUGCGUCACAGCCAAGGACUGCUGAACCAUUCUGUAGGACCAUGUUCACCCAAUGGUUCAAACAUUGUACCCUGAUGGUGGUGCAAUGUGUCAGGAUGAUAAUGCACCAAUACACACAGACUGGUGACAGAGAGGUUUGAUGAAGAUGAAAGUGAAGUUGAACAUCUCCCAUGGCCUGCACAGUCACCAGAUUGGAAUGUUAUUGAGCCGCUUUGGGGUGUUUUGGAAGAGAGUCAGGAAACGUUUUCCUCCACUAGCAUCACAUAGUGACCAGGCCACCGUUCCUCAAGAAGACUGGCUCAAAAACCCUCUGGCUGCUGUGCAGGACGUGUCUGUCUUUCUCAGUACUGGCCACAAAAGGAGGCCUUGCACCAUACUAAUAAAUUACUCUGGUUUAAAACCAGGUGGUUCAGUUUCAUUGUCCAACCCCUGUAUGUUACUUUUUAAUUGUUCAGUUGGAAGCACUUUAUUCUGAAUCUCAUUUACAAUACUGCACUUGCAGUGAUAAUUCUUAAUCUUCAAUAGCAAAUACAGUGUCAGUCUGAAACAGACCAGUGCACUAGCUUUAUUUGUGAACAGUAUAAGAAGUGACCAAAAAAAAAGCCAAACCUUGGUCGACCCCAUACACAGCAGUAGGUCUAACCAUUAUUAUUUUGUUGUUAUGAUAGAUACACAGAUUAUUGUAUGUUUUUGGGAUGUAGCCAGUGCAGUGUUUUUCCUGUAACUGUCUAUGUUCAGCAUAUGGUACAUUUUCUAAAACAGCUACCCAAGUGUUAAAAAAUAAUGCCUUAUAUCAAAUUAAUGUUCAUAAAAAUGUAAAUUCAGAAAUCAAAAGGCAAUCAUUAACCUUAUAACUAGUCAGCUGCGCAGACUUUAAAGGCAGGUUUCAUCUUUUAUCUGGUUUUGUACGUGCACUGAACGUGAAUGCUCUUUGUUUCAUUACUAAAUAAAUGAUUUAAAUUUG